AUGAAGUUAUGCAGACUGCUUUGUUUUGUGUUGACUUUACCCUUACAUCUAAUGGAGAUCACGGGCCUGUACGGCAUGUACAAACGCUUGUUUCCACUGCUUGCCUACAAUAUAACAUUUUCAUACAACGACAAAAUGCACAAAACGAAGAGAGAGCUUUUCCGAAACGUGGGCAAAUUUGCAAACACGGACGGUACUCUUCGCUUGCUGGAGAUCGGCUGUGGCAGCGGGGCAAACUUCAAGUUUUAUCCCUACGGCUGCACGGUGAUCUGCACCGACCCCAACCCGCACUUCGAGAAGUACCUGCGGAUGAGCAUGGACGCGAACAAGCAUUUGACUUAUGACACGUUUAUAGUCGUCUCCGGGGAGGACAUGGAGAAGGUAAAGGACGAGUCAGUGGACGUUGUUGUCUGCACCUUGGUCCUCUGUUCUGUCUGCAACGUGCAGAAAGUGCUGCAGGAGGUGCGACGCAUACUCAGACCAGGUGGAGCCUUCUACUUUUUGGAGCAUGUUGUCUCAGAUCCCUCCUCCUGGACAUACUUCUUCCAGCAUGUGUUUGAGCCUCUGUGGUACUAUCUUGGAGAUGGAUGCAUGAUUACUAGAGCAACAUGGAAAGAUCUAGAGGCAGCUGGUUUUUCUGAACUUCACCUAAAACACGUUGAGGCUCCAGAGGUUACUCUGAUGAUAAGACCACAUAUCAUGGGGUAUUCCAUUAAAUGACUGCAAGGGAGAAUGGACUAAAUGGGCCUCUUAUAUAUGGGCUUCAGAAUAGUUAUAGGUGUAUUAGGCACUAGAAUAUUUGACUUAUUAAUUUUUUUAUUGGGCUAACAUUCAUUAGAAAUCAGUGUCCACAUUAAGUCUGCAGGUAUUGCCAAAAGCUGUCAAUCUGUACAUUUAUAUUUCCAUUUAACAAAAAUACACUAGCCACAUUGCAAUUAUUGAGUGAAAAUAGAUUUAUUUACUCAUAGAAUCAGCAACAUUUCAUACACCAUUUGUUCUUCUUC